CAUUAGAGGGCACGUAACAACUUCCGGCGUGUAACCAAAGUUUGCUAUGUGGCCUGGUGAGGGGCCCUGAGUAUAUUUCUCCUUGCUUUUUUCUUUUCCAGAUUGACUUUGUGGCGCAUGAUGAGAUUCCCUACUGUAUGGGCAAUGAAGAGGAUGUGUACAAGUUUAUCAAAGAGAAAGGCAUGUUCUCGCCACACAAAGGACAGAUGGAAUCUCUACAUCAGAUUUAGUUGCAAGGAUUGUCAAAGACUACGAUGUGUAUGUCAGACGAAACCUCGCCAGGGGUUACUCCGCUAGAGACAUGAAUGUCUCGUUUUUAAAUGAGAAGAAGUUUCUGCUUCAGAACAAGAUGGAUGAGUUAAAAGAUAAGAGCAAACAGUUGGUGGAGAACUUUGAAGGAAAAAGGCACGAAUUCAUCCAGAAGUGGGAAGAGAAGUCAAGGGAGUUCAUCUUUAACUUCCUGGAGCUCUUUGGCAGGGAAGGAAGGCUGGAAACCGACCAAAGCGGCCCUCCCUUGUUGGACUUGGAUGCUGAAGGUUUUGCUCCAGGCGCGUCCCUGCAUUAUAUGGAAAUAUGCAAUCUGUUCCGACCACCGGCCAGAAUGAGAACACGGCGGCCAAUGUCUUCUCGAGACUCCUCACCGUACAAACCGAGUUCUCCAGCUUACUGCCCGACGCCGCCGCGUUCCCUGACUCCACCUCCGCGUCCACUGGUACUUGAACUGCCUGCCGACAAGCACGUCGAGAUUGCGAGCUCUGGUGGUGGUCCUCCCAAAGCCAAGAGCGACAUGAACAUCUUCUCCAAGCACAAGGCCCCGGAAGGUGCCAUCAGAGCAGGGAGCAAGUCCUCCGAAAACAUGCAGGCUUCCAAGUCACCCGAAUCACCCUUUCCAGCCAGGGUGGUUGGCCAGUUGCCAAAGGAUGCUGCCUUAUUGAAAGAGGACAGUGAUGUCAACUGCCAAAAUCAUGACCAAAAAGGACUAAUGCCACAUUCUAUAGAAAAUGCUGCUUCCUGUGAUAGUGCUUCCAAGGUACCAUUGGAGACUGAACCCAAGUGUCUUUCACAUAGCAUUUCGGAUGAAGGCAUCGGUGUGGCCACUGCUCCCGCUAGAAGAGAUUCUCAAGAUGUCUCACUUUGUAUGCCGUUCCAUGCUGUGCACUCGGGUCCUGCUGAGGUUCAGUUGAAGAAGGAUGAUUCCUUGCCACCAAGUCAGAGCGUGGGUACAGAAAAAACUAUCAGGGCUGGCAGCUCGGAACCAGUAUCGCAUAGUUUGCAACAGGGCACUACAGAUUUCUAUGUUUCAUACUCCAAUCCUGUGGAAGGUGGUGCUGAAGAGGAUGCAGUAAGUGCAAUCAAGCCAGAGUCUAGCUAUGUAGGGCCAAAUACAGCUGAACCAAGUGCUGUGGAACAGGAACCAAAGGCGGAAGUGCGCAAGCCUUUGACAAAUGGUGCUGCAGCUUCGUUGGACAGUGCAACUGCAGUUCAACAGCUGGAGACUUCCAAGGUUGACAGUACUGAACAGGUUUUAACAGGCCCAAAGCAGAGCACUACUGAUUUUUAUGUCUCGUACUCCAAUCCUGUGGAAGGUGGUGCUGAAGAGGAUGCACUAAGUGCAAUGAAGCCCGAGUCUGGCUAUGUAGGGCCAAAUAUAGCUGAACCAAGUGCUGUGGAACACGAACCAAAAGUUCUGGCGGAAGUGCACGAGCCUUCGGCAAAUGGUGCUGCAGCUUUGUUGGACACUGCAACUGCAGUUCAACAGCUGGAGGCUUCCAAGGUUGACAGUACUGAACGGGUUUCAACAGGCCCAAAGCAGGGCACUACUGAUUUUUACAUCUCGUACUCCAAUCCUGUAGAAGCGGAAGCUGACAACAUCCCCGUUCAAGCUGCAGUGCCCGGUAAUGCUGGAGCCACUGUAACGGAAUCGGAUACUGUGAAGCAAGAACCUGGCUCCCUGGUUGAGUGGCAUGGCGAAACCUCAGGGAAGCAGACAGCUACCAAAUCUGAGAGUGGUGGAACAGAAGGGGGGCAAGCUCCCUCUACUUCAGUGCCUGAUCAAAGCAAGGACAAGAAUUGAAACAACUGUUGAUGCACUUGUGCAAUACAGGCUCUGUUUGAGGACCAACUUGGCGAUGAUGACCGUGAUAAUGUGGCCAUUAAGAUGUGAUAGGGCAUGCUGAAGAAUAUGCUGCACCACCUCGGUGAAUUGAAAUGGCCCACUGAGUAUGACAGAAUGCGGAAAGACUAUAUUCCUAAGAGGCAAAGUGCGAUUUUUGAGUUGUGUGUUUAGUGCCUUGAACCAUUGCAGUUAAAUUCCUACAAAAUAUCUAGUCAGGGAGGGUAUUUAUUCAUGUUGCUUAAAGCAGCAUUACAGGGUAUUCCAUUGUAUGUGCCCCCUUCACAUAAAGGUGCCACAAUGUUCCACAUUAAGCUUAUAGUACCUAAUGCCUGUAGCACAGUUGAAGGAAUGGUGUAUACCGUGUCUGUGUAUGCAUUUUAUUUCGCCCGAAAUUUUUGUGUGUUCAAUGGUCGGUAUCUAGAGCAUGACCGCCUCGACACUCUGUCCCUGUUCUUUUUCAAAAUUUG